CGGCCCCACUUGCUGCCUGAUUCUGCUGACGCUGAAGAAAGAAGCUGAAAGAUGAAGACUUUGGCCGUCCUGGUUCUCUGCUCCCUGGCUGUCAUCUGCCUGACCUCAGAUGCCUCCACUGGUGCCCAGCCUGCUGAAAACCCUGCUCAGGAUGGUAUGUUUGUGGAGAGGGACGCGGCCGCCUCAGUGGUGAGACAGAAGAGAGCUCCUGGAGAGUUGUCCCUGGCCCAGCUGGAGAGCCUGAGAGAGGUGUGUGAGCUCAACGUGGCUUGUGACGAGAUGAUGGACACGCAGGGGAUCAUUGCCGCCUAUACCGCCUACUAUGGACCAAUCCCCUAUUAGAGGCCAGACCACAACAACUGAUUGUCUUUACAGUGACACCAAAAAAAGUCUGUGGAAACUUUUCCAUUAUGUCAAAGUUGAAUUAAAAAGUGAGAUGUGUUGGGAGUGCAUCGGGAAUUUAUUUUUCCCUCCUGCAUAGACCGGCAGAAUUGUCUCUGUUAACCUG